AUGCCCGGGGACUGUUGCAACUUUGCUAUAUUGCUGAUAGCCAUCUUCUUGGUAACAGCCUACACUACUCCUCUACAGCAUCGAAUAGUGGUCGACGAUUACGGAUACAAUGACUACCAAAAUUACCAACCGUACGCAAAGUUCGAUCGACCGAUCGUCGUGAAGGCGAUCGAGAAACCGAAGAAUCAACAAGACUUCAGCAAGAUUCCUGGUAUUCCCGGCGUCGACUAUCCUUUGUAUCACACUGUACCGCCGACAAGUUUUUCAUGCGCGCACGUUCCAUUCGCACCAGGAAUGUACGCGAACGUGGAAACCGGUUGUCAGGCCUAUCACAUCUGUCACGACGGCCGUGAAGGUCAUCAAGGCGCGUCUUUCCUGUGUACGAAUGGAACCCUUUUCAACCAAAAGGAAUUCGCUUGCGAUUGGUGGUAUAACGUGAACUGUGCGGAAGCUAUAGAAUUGUACAGCUUAAAUUUAUAUCCGGAGAAGAACCCCUAUUUACCAAAGCCAAAGAAGGAUGCUCCUCCAAAACAUAUGAGGAUCGUUGUGAUUUAA